UUUUGUCAACAGUACCCGCCAGAGGAUUUCGGCCAGGAUUCUCCGCGCACUUACGCAUCCCCGAAGCCUAAUGUCUAUGGCGACAACCACUACUUCGUUGAUGGAGGUGGUGGAGGACCAGGAGGAGGCGAUCCAUGGACGACACAUGGACCGCCGGGGUUGGCGCCGGCGCCUGCGACGUACGCCACUUCGGCGUACCCUCCGGCACAACCCUACCCUACCACCAUGUUGCAGGACCCACUGGUGUACAGUGGGGAGGGAAUGCUUCCGUCAAUGUCGAGCUUCCGGGUGAGCGACGCGAGUCCCGGUGGCGGCGGAACUUCGCCGCCUUCGUCGUCGCUUAGUAUCGCCGCCGCAGCCGCCGUUGCAGCGGCAGCAAACCCGUCCGCCGCCGCCAGUUGUUACCCGCCGUCCGUUGCCGCCCAGCCGCCGCAAGCGUCGCAGACCAGCGACGUGCUGAGCAAGGCACUCAUAUACAGUGAAGGGGCGAAUGGAGGAGGUGGGUUGUAUGGGGCGCCACCGCCGCCUCCGGCACCCCCAUCAUCCGGCUCGACGACUGGCUCGUCGUCGCCGCCGCCGCCACCACCGCCGCAACAGCCGCCGUCCGCGCAGUGGGCGCAUCCCGCCGCCACGCCGACCUCGCCGCCUUACGUCACGGCCGACCCCAGCAGACCCAUUCCCCCGCACCUGCAGCUGUUGCCGUCGAGAAAAAUUCUCGCUGUGAGGACGUCGACGGCGAAAAAGUCUCCAUCCUUUUUUUUUCGGGCGAAUUUCCGUCAAUAUCGUUGGAUUUUGGGCCAAAAGGGGUUGCUUCAUUUAUUUGAUGAUGUUGACGUGGUAAUGCGUCCAUAA